ACAGGGAACAUGAUGGCUGCACUACAGGCGGCUCUGAAGAACCCUCCGAUCAACACAAAGAACCAGGCAGUAAAGGAUCGCGCAGAAAGUAUUGUCCUGAAGGUCCUCAUCUCUUUCAAAGCCAACGACAUCGAGAAGGCGGUGCAGUCGCUGGACAAGAACGGUGUCGACCUGCUAAUGAAGUACAUCUACAAAGGCUUCGAGAGCCCCUCCGACAACAGCAGCGCUGUGCUGCUGCAGUGGCACGAGAAGGCCCUGGCUGCUGGAGGAGUGGGGUCCAUUGUCCGCGUUCUGACCGCCAGGAAGACGGUUUAAGUCCGGCAGCGAGCGGUUGCCUGCCAUCCGCGGCGUGGGGAAACGCCGGUGCGAAACCCCACCAACCAAAUGCCAUUGCUGCCCCAUGGGCAGUGCUUGUCUCUCAGCUUGCCUUCUCGCCACUUCUUUCAUACCUGUCAAGUAAUGCAUAUCGUGAUCUCUUUUGGUGUUAAAGUCUGGAAAACGAUGGAGGUGCAAUUUCAUCUCUAACAGGAAUAUUUGGUACUUGGGAACAUUUCAGUGACGCGUAUAGCAACAUACACAACUUCAUGUUUAGGAUGAUUUGCGUUUCUGUAUAAUUAUGGCAGAUUUGGACCUGACUUUCCAAGCAAAUGCUGAGGGACGUAGGGAAAUGUCUUAAUUCUUUUUGCUAGCCAAGCAGUGUUUUGAU